CACGACAGCCACUUUCGUCAACCGUAACAAUGGGUAAGUUGCUGAAUCCUUUCAUACACUAUCAAGCGUUGCUUUAGGAUAUUCCGGACCCAGAAGAGGAGGAUAGACACUUUCGUACCGUACCGAACGUCCCUCGAAGCCCGACUCGAAGUCAUGGAGCGAACCAUGAACCAUGAACCAGAAUGCAAAUGCUCAAAAGAAUAGGCGAUACCAGGCCUCAUUGGAGACUCCGAGUUACAUUGCCAGCUUACUAUCUGUAAUUGCUGAAUGGCAGUCGAAAUUGAGUUGAUUCAAUCAUUCGAACGCAGUUGGGAUACUUCAAUGUGUACCGACACCCAUAUCCGCCUUACCUUCGAUUUCGAGCGACAUUCUGCGACCAAAUAAUUCGAAAAUGAUGUGAUACAUGAACUGGGCCGGAAACCAUUGCUCAUUUCUUGGAUUCACCGCUACUGCAUGACAAUUGUACUGAUAGUGUCCUCAGGUCGGCUGCAGGAAUACCAAGUCAUCGGGCGGCACUUGCCCUCCGAGGCAAACCCAACUCCCAAGCUCUACCGCAUGCGAAUCUUCGCUCCGAACACUGUCGUUGCGAAGUCCCGGUUCUGGUACUUCCUUGCCAAGCUCCGAAAGAUCAAGAAGGCCAAUGGCGAGAUCGUCUCUCUGAACGAGAUCCACGAGAAGCGCCCCCAGAAGGUCAAGAACUUCGGCAUCUGGAUCCGUUACGAUUCACGAUCCGGUACCCAUAACAUGUACAAGGAGUACCGCGAGAUGUCAAGGACCGAGGCCGUCGACGCUUUGUACCAGGACAUGGCUGCCAGACAUCGUGCUCGUUUCCGAUCAAUCCACGUCCUCCGUGUUGUGGAGAUCGAGAAGACCGACGACAUCCGCCGCCCGUACAUGAAGCAGCUCCUCACCAAGGACCUGAAAUUCCCCCUCCCUCACCGCGUCAACAAGUCUACCGCCAACCGUCUGUUCGCGGCCAACCGGCCCUCGACCUUCUUCUAAAAUGGACAUGGGGAGUUCAACUGCGGGUUUCCGUUUUCGUAUCAUAUUGCAUGGCAU